CUGAAACAUUGUGAAAACAUUAGCUGAAAAAAGUAAACAAAAAAUUCAUGGAAGAUAUAAAAAUUAAAAUUAUUAUACCAUUUCCAACAAAUCGAGCUGCUCAAAUAGCUUAUGAUGUGCUAAGAAUUGAUCCGGAACCAAAGAGGAAUCACAUUAAAAAGGAAUAUGUUCUUGAUGACAAUAUUUUAAGUGUAGAAUUUUGUGGAGAUAUAGCUAAGAACGUACGUACAGCAUUGACCAACUUCUAUGAAUCUUUGAUUCUGUGUGUUGAAACACAAGAUCAGUUCGGUCCACCACUUUCUGAAGAAUAUAAUUAUUAUUAAGUAACAGUUAAGAACAUCCAGUAAUGCCUGAACACACGCCAGCUCCAACAUCAUCAAGAGGAAUCUACGGAUUUGUGGUCUAUCUUCUAUUUUCUACUUUAUUUGUCCUGUAUUUCUUCUGGGCUUUCAUUCCUUUAGAGGUUUUUGAGGCAAUUGGAAUCACAGAACUUCCAAACAAGUACUUUGCUCUCUUUGUUCCUAUACUGAUCCUUACAGCAACAUUUCUAUUCGGAUUCUUCAUUUAUCCAUCAAUUAGCUUCGUCAUGACACCAAAUGUGGAUUCAAUUUAUACAGUAACUGAUCCAUAUGCUGUAAAGAGAUGUCAGUACAGAGACGAGAAUGGAAUAUUAUGCGAUAAUAAAAUAGCAUACGACUUUGAAGUUAAUCCAUGGAACUUUGCUAGACUGUGCAACAACCAUCAGAAUCGAGUGUCUAAAAUUGAGAACUUUUGUGACUGUACUGAAAAGGAAAAGUGCUUGCUUUAUACAGACAAAGACUAUGUGGAUAAAUUAAGUAGAAAAAGAAAUAUUAUUCAAAAUUCAGGCGAUAUGAACAUAGAUGAAGUAUCAGACAUUUUAUAUGGUGAACUUAAUUAAUAAAGUAUAUUUUACAACUCUUAAUUAAAAAUUAAAUUAAAUU